AUGAGCGGGGCAGAGAGGCGAGAGCCCAUUGGCCAAUUGGAAGGCGUGGUGGGGGCGGGGCUUGGCGGCUCGGAAUCCAGGGCUUGGGGGGAGACAAGAUGGCGGCUGCGGGAGGGGGUCCUCGCUUCUCAGCUCCCCCGCUCACCCGCCUUCUCCUUCCCUGCCGCCGCCCUCGCUCCAGGAGAGAGCUUUCGCACCGCCCCCGCCCUGCUCGGAAAGCCCCCCGCUUCUCCGGUUUCCCCCCGUGCAGUCCCUGGUCCCCGUAGGCCCCGCGGCCCCCGCCCCCGCUCUGUCCGGCCCCGCUGCCGCCCCCAUUACCUCAGCCGCCUGCCCGGCCCCACCGUUCGGGGCCCCUGGGCGCGGGCGGGCCGGCCGCCGAGCAGGUCGGCGCGGCCCGGGAAGCGGAGCGCGGUCUCCUCCCGCGCCUGCCUCCGUGGCCUCCGCCGUGCCCCCUCCCGGCCCGCGCUGGGGCCCCGGCCCGGCCGCCGCCGCCGCUCCCGGGGGAGGAGGGGGAAUGGAGCCGCCGCUGCUGCCGCUGCCGCCACGGAGCCCGGCCGAGGGGAGGGAGGGAUCAGCCCCCAGGCAGGAUCCGCCCCUCCGGCCUCCCCCCGCCACCUCCACCCCUUCCCUCGCUCCCUCCCUGACUCUGCGGGCUCUCCCGCUGAACAGGAGCGAGAGCGCGAAAGAGGGGGAAACGGGAAAAAAAAUCCCCCCGCCCGUGCCCGGCGCGGCGGCGGUCGGGGCGGUGCGGAGAGGAGCGCGGAGGCGCCGCCGCCGCCGCCACGGGGCACCGUCCCCGGCUCGGCCUCACGGUGGCGGUGCGGGCGCGGCGGGGACACCGAGCAGAGACCGGGUCUGCACCCGCCGCGAUCCCUGCGCACGACGGCCCUGCCCGCCACGGGGCGAGCCCGACAAGAGGGCUGUGGACGUUUGGGUCUAGUUGGGAGAGACAGGGGUCCCUGACUCUUGAGCGGUCAGUCAUUUCCUCCCCAGUCCUUGUGGGUGACGUGGCUACGGUUUGGAGCAGCAAGCCCCCUCCCCGAACUAAGGGGCCUCUCCAAAGGUUAAGCCAGGGCAGUCAUUGAGGUCAAAACCGGUCUGUAGUUUCUUGGGUGCAGGUGCCUAUACGACUCCCAGAAAGUCGCUUCUCCCCCAACCCCCAUGCCCAGGACCUGAGGACAAAGGUCUAGCGAUUGUCCGUCCCCUCCCCCAGUGAGGACAGCCGGGAAAGACCUGCCUUUGUUGUGUACAGAUGAUAUCUCACUGUGUUAUCCAGACUGGACUCAAAUUUCUGGGCUCCAAUGAUCC